UGUCAACAACACAUAACUGGCACUCUGUCAGUUACGAUGACAAGGGUUCCGGUUGAUCUGAUCAGAGAACAGCCUGCUCAAAUAAUCAAUGUGCAAGUGGCUGAGCACUCCACAGACACACAUACUCUUAACAUAGUUCUCAGGGAGAUUCAGCAUGAGACAGAAUAUGACAAAGCUGACCCUUUGAAAUGAAGGUACUACUCAUUUUUGCCAGCUGAGUGAACUGGAGCAACAUGGAAUAAAGGGUCUUGCUCAAAGACAAAACACGCCAUCAGAAAUUGAACUCACGACCUUAGAAUUGUAAGUUGAACAUCCUAACCAUCAAGCCAUGUACCUUCAUCAACAACACAUCUAGAACAACAGUCAUUAGCAUCAAUCCCUAAGCAUUUACUGACUCAAGUCCUGGAACCCUAUAGGGCCGGUUUCAAUGGCCUAUAAGUGGUUGAAGUCACAACACUGGAUUGCAGUCCAUUGCAGAGUUAUUCAUUUAAGUGUUUUUCUCAAGGACAUACUGCCCAGUCCAGCAAGUGAAACCCUGAUUUUGCGAUUGUGAGUGCAACUCCCUAACCUCUAGGCCAUGUACUUUCACCAUGUAGAACGGUGAGUAUCUGGUAUGAGGUAUCUAAUAUUUAAAAGAGUUAGCAAACACUUCUAUUACUACUGCUACUAUUAUUACUAUCUUCACCACCAUCACUACAGCUUAACACCAACCACCACUUCUGUCUACUGUUAGAUUAAUGAAAAUUUAUUGAUUAGUACUGAUAAUUGGUAUCAAUCUUCAUAACUUGUUUAUGAUUUGUAUUACGUGUGCUUGUGUGUGUGUGUAUAUAUAGAUAUAUGCAUGUAUAUAUAUAUAUGUAUUGUAUGUUGUAUAUACAUUCACCUGUGUACUCGCACCCACACAUAUUUAAUUAAUAAAACUGAAAAAUCUAUAACUACAAUUUACUGUAGUUUCAUCUAUCAAAUCAUCGAAAUUGUAACAGAAGAACUAUUGGAAAGAAAUAUUGUGCGUGUGUGUGUAUAUGUAUAUAUAUAUAUAUAUAUAUAUAUAUACAUACACACACACAAUAUGUAUGUAUGUAUAUAUAUAUAUAUAUAUAUAUAUAUAUAUAUUUAUAUGUGUGUGUGUAAUAUUGUAUAUAUUUGUAUAUUAUAUAUAUCUAUAUGUACAUGUUUAAUGAUAGGAAGAGGGGAAAAAAGAGUAUGUGUGAAGUAAAUGAAUAUAUGCUGGAGAUAAAUAUUACAUAGACGAGAAGAAAGAGACUGGAAAUAUUUGAAUAGGAAAGUUGGCUGUCCUCUCCAUUGGAGUGUUGGUUGCUAUGAUCCUCGUCUGUUACUUCUACUUGAUCCAAAAGAGCAGAUUCCACUUUGCCAUAUCUAGUUCCAAAUUGUUGGAAUACAACCAGGCAGUAAUCACAAGUGAUUCAUCUAUGUGUUCCCAACUUGGCAUGUCAAUUCUGAGAGAGAAGAACGGAAGCACAAUUGAUUCUGUGAUUGUCACUUUGGUCUGUAUGGCACUCGACCAACCAAUGUCCACUGGAAUCGGAGGCAGUUUGAUUAUGAAUAUCUAUGACAGUAAAUCUCAGAAGAAUGUCAUCAUAGAUGCCUCUGGUAAAUCACCGUAUCAUGUGACUAGCCUGAAGAAUAUGUCUCGUCCGACAGGUCCUUCAUCAGUGACUGUUCCUGGGCAACUGUACGGUUUAUGGCAGGCACAUCAGAUGUAUGGCUCAUUACCAUGGAAACACUUGUUUGUUCCUGUGAUACAACUUGCAACACAAGGUUUUAAUGUGUCGCAUUCAUUGGCUAAUACCCUCAAAGAAAUGGAGUCUGAAAUUAAGGAUCAGCCCCUACUCAGAGAGCUGUAUGUCAAUGAGGCAACAAGACGUGUUUAUCAAGAAGGAGAUCUCAUGAAACACCCAAAACUAGCAAAAACAUUGAGGAUAAUCUCUGAUGAAGGAUUUCUUGCUGUGUAUAAUGGCUCCUUGUCUAAUGCCAUUGUUGAAGAUCUGAGAGAAGCUGGUGAAGGAUCUCUUAUGUCCUUGAGUGACCUCACCUCUUAUAAUGUAAAGUUUCCAGCCUCAUUAAGGACGAGAUUGUCCAACGGUGACCAAGUAAUGGCAACACCACCUCCAUCGAGUGGCCCAAUAGUGCAACUGAUACUCAAUGUUCUUGACCUGUAUGAGUUCAAGCCCAACCACCGCACCAACCUCAACAUGUUCGCCACAACACUACACAGAAUCAUCGAAACAUUCAAGUUUGCGUAUGGCAUCCGAUCCCGACUAGAGGACCCCAGCUUUGAUGAAAAUGUCUCACAGUUCCUUGUCAAUUUAACAUCAACAGAGUGGGCCACAGGGAUUAAAUCACGGAUUAAUGACCAUAGCACCUAUGACAGUGGAUAUUAUAACCCUGGUACCCUCAAUGAGGAAGGUUUAGGGACCACUCAUCUGAAUUGCAUCGGCUCGGAUGGUAUUGCUGUAGCAGUGACCAGCUCACUCAAUCAUAGGUUUGGUGCCCAGAUUUUGGGACGAAGGACUGGAAUUUUGUUUAACAAUGGAAUGGCAGCAUUCUCGACACCAAGCAGACACAAUCGCAGUGCCUCAAUAAACCAACGUCUCCCUAAUUUGAUUGGGGCCAACAAGUCUCCUAUGUCCUAUGUGUCACCAAUUAUUAUGACAGACAGAGCAGGCAGCACCAAACUGGUUAUUGGAGCCUCUGGAGGAACUAAAAUUAUUUCUUCUCUCUCCUAUGUGAUGAACAAUCUAGUGUGGUUCAAUGACACUAUCAAAGAAGCCAUUGAUGCCCUCAGAGUUCACAACCAGAUUCUUCCAACACAGACUAAAACUGAAGACUACUUACCAAAGAAAGUGAUUGAGAAACUGAGGAAAAUUGGUCAUGAUAUCACUAGUUAUGGACCUCCUUCAUUUGUUCAUGGAAUAUACCAGAAAAAUGGCACCUUUUCUGUCAACAUUGAUUAUAGAAGUGGAGCUGUUCCAGCAGGGUUUUAAAAGAGGCAAUGUUUCUAAAGAGGAAGGACAAAGAAAUGAAACUGAACCUAUUUUCAAACAUAAUCUAUGUCCCUUCCAAACAAAAUCCUACACCUCCUACACACACACACACACAAACAGACACAUGCACACACACACACACACAUUUCCGCUCUUAAUAUUUACCCCAUAAGAUAUAUCACCCAUCCCCAAAAAUCUUAUCACUCCAUCCUACAAAUACUGGGGUUGAUGUGAUCAACUUAAUCUCUUCCCCUAAAUUUGAAGCUUUGUGCUUCCAGUAGAAAGGAUUAUUAUCAUUAUUAAGGUGUAAAGUUGGCAGAAUUGUUAGCAUACCAGGCAAAAUGCUUAGCGAUAUUUUGUCUGUCUUAAUGGUCUGAGUUCAAAUUCUGCCAAGGUCAACUUUGCCUUUCGUCCUUUCAGGGUUGAUGAAUUAAAUACCAGUGAAACACUGGAGUUGAUGUAAUCGACUAGUCCCCUUCCACUAAAUCUCAGGCCUUGUGCCUAUAGUAGAAAGGGUUAUUAUUAUUAUUAUUAUUAUUAUUAUUAUUGGCCAGUAAAAGAAUUAUCUCCAUGUAGUUGCACAACUUACCAUGAAUAACAGCCAAACAUCCCUCAAAUUACACUUCACCUUCUUAAAUGAAGACAAUAUAUAUUAGCUAAUGUAGUCUUAGACAUAGCUCUAUAAAGGCAGGGUUGUCAUGGCUGGAGUAUUUUUCAACAAACAGCAGGUCUGUCAUGGUUGACCUGGUACCAAACAAUAGCAUUGUUAUAAAUAUAUCUAAAAAGAGCAGCAAACUGGCAGAACCAUUCGACUAUCAAACAUUAUUUCUUCCAGCUCUUUGCAUUCUAGUUUUGAAUCCUACCAAGAUCAAUUUUGCCUUUCUUCAUAUUUGAUUGAUAAAAAUAAAGUACCAGUCAAGUACUGGGGUCAAUGUAAUUGACUAAAAACCUUCCUUUAGAAUUGAAGACCCGGUACCUAAAUCGGAAACCAUUAUUAUUAUUAUAACGAAAUAUCCUUUAAAAUAUAUUUCAUUAAUAUUUAAAAUAGAUCAUUGAAAGUGUAAAUUAAUGUUGUCAAAAUAUAUGUUGUUUUUGUUAAUGAGGAAACAUAAUGGCCAAAUAAAUAAAGACUCACCUUUAUUAAUAGAA